CGAACUUAAACUACGCCGGUUGAUCCCAGCUUUUGUAUUGUGCUUCUGCUGCCAGGACAGAAAUGGCUGCUUUUGUUGCUCAUCCUUCUGUCCGAGUCAAAGGCUCAGAGCACACUUACACCCCAGUGCUGUGCCAAGAUGAGAAAUGUGCAGGCCGGGAAAAAGGCGUCCACAUGCACUGCCCCCUGUGCAGUGUGGCAGAGGCUUAUCAGGACCCAGUUAUUUUGCGGGCACACUACCGUAUUAAACAUGUGGACAAGGGAAUUGAUUUUGCUGGCUUGAAGGUGUUGCGUUGUUGUAACCAUUGUGAGAUUGUUGGCACCAUUAAAGGGGAGAAGAGAUUUAAAGGCGCUCACUGGCAUUGCUACCGUUGCCGAAAUGGCUUCAACCGCAGGGAUGAAGCCAUCAAACACUAUAAGACACACUUUCGCAACCCCCACACUACCUUUCAGAUCCAGGUCACACAGGAGGUGAACUGUAGGCAAUAUUAUGACCAGAGCCCAGAGGCCCAUCCGAAAGCUUACAGUGGGCUGGCAGUGAACCUGGGCAGUGCUGGAGAUAGCGCAGCCAUUGGUUCAGUUCUUACCCAUCCUGUUCUGACUACAACCACUAGCACUGAAACCUUACUCACAGUGGAACCAAAGCAUAGCAAUGCAAGUAAUGGGAUGUCAUUGGGUGCAGAGGAAGAGGUAGGAUCCUCCCAACAUGCAUCAGAACAGACACAGACGCUAGUUCUCAUGGACCCUGAUGUUCAGGGUGGGAAUCUGAUAUAUGAGGAGACUACUGGAUUCAUCACUGAACAGGCCAGGGAAGGUACAGAGCAGACCCUGCUGCUGCAGAAACAGCUCAUUGAACUCCAUCAGCAGAAUGAGAUUCUACGUCAGGAGAAAGACAGUGUGGAGAGGAGGCUCCGGGCUGAGAUACAACAACUCAAAGACCAGGUUGCAAGCCUGGUUCGCUCUAAUGUGAAGAUGUUUGAGGAGCUACAGCUGUACAGAUCUCCCGAGAGUAACCAGGACAAUGUGGCCAAACUCCUGGAGAGUUUAGAGGCCCAGCACAAAGAGCUGCUGCUGACACAGCUGGCAUCUCUGAGGAAGGAGCUUCUGUGUCAGACUGAGGCUCUACCACUCAACGGCCACACAGGGGUGCUGGAGAUAAGUGCAGACCAAGCAGGGCCAGACCAAGAUGGGUCAGGGGCAGAGACGGAGGUUCAGGAAUCGGUAGGGGGCGCUCUAACAACGCUGGAGAUAGUGGAGAUGCAGUUGGAGUCGGCACAGGAGAACCUUAAAACGGAGCUUGUAGAACUGGAUUCCAUACAGGCAGAAACUCUGCCCAGUCUGGACAGGCCUAAUUUGGACACAGCCGUGACUGAGACCUCUUACAACGCGUCUGAGGCCCUGGAGGAAGUGGACGGGACAGCGCCACCAUCGUCAUUGCGGAAACGCGCCUCUGACGAUGAGUCAGGGGAAACAAGUGAUAACAAAGUGCAGCGUGUCAGCUGA